AUGUCACGAGUAUUAGCGCAAUUGAAGAAAUCCAGCACCGUAUUGAGGACGUCCGUGCGGUCCAAGGGUGAUGGUCACCAUGCCACGUACAAACCCCUGACGAUGGAUGACAUGCCGGUCCCAAAGGUGCCCUGGAACGAAUACCACGGAAAAACCAAUACCAAAUACAACCUAGUACUUGUAGGCGGAAUCACUGCUCUUGCAGCGUCCAUCUACGUAUUACAAGAUAACUGUUUCUUCAAUGCAUUUGUACCACCAUACCCUUUCGAAGAAACUGAACAGAAGUAA